AUGUGCCCCAGCUGCUGCUGCCCUGGCGGUCGGGGGAGCCCCCCGGCGUGCCGCUCCUACUCGGGCCGCCGGGGGACCCCUGCCCCACGCCCCGGCGGCCGUCGCCCGAGCCGCCGGGAGAUCCCGGCCCCACGCCCCAGCGGCCGCCGCCCGAGCCGCCGGGAGAUCCCGCGCCGCCGCCCGAGCCACCGGGGGCCCCGGCUGCCGCCGCCCGAGCCACCGGGGGACUCCUGCACCACGCCCUGGCGGCCGCCGCUCGAGCCGCCGGGAGAUCCCGAACCCGGGCCCCGGCUGCUGCCGCCCGGGCGGACCGGGGAGCCCCGCGGCGCGCUCCUGCCGCCGCUACACGGGCUGACCGGGGACUCCUGCUCCGUGCCUCGGCUGCCGCCGCCCGAGCCGCCGGGGGAUCCCAGCCCCGCGCCCCGGCGGCCGCCGCCCAAGCCGCCGGGGGAUCCCAGCCCCGCGCCCCGGUGGCCGCCGCCCGAGCAGCCCGGGGAGCCCUGCCGCAUGCUCCCGCCGCUGCUGCUGGAGCCGCCGCGGGACUCCUGGCCCGCGGCCCAAUUGCCGCUUCCUGGGGGCCCCCGCAGCGCGUCCCCGCCGCCGCCGCUCGAGCCGCUGGGGAACUCCUGCCCCGCGUCCCGGUGGCCGCCGCUUGAGCCGCCGGGAGAUCCCGGCCCCGCGCCCCGGCUGCUGCCGCCCGGGUGGACCAGGGAGCCCCGCGGCGCUCUCCUGCUGCCGCUGCUUGGGCUGCCCGGGGACUCCUGCUCCGUGCCUCGGCUGCCGCUGCCCGAGCCGCCGGGGGAUCCCAGGCCCGUGCCCCGGCUGCCGCUGCCCGAGCCGCCGGGGGAUCCCAGGCCCGUGCCCCGGAGGCCGCUGCCCGAGCCGCCUGGGUAUCCCAGGCCCGUGCCCCGGCGGCCGCUGCCCGAGCCUCCGGGGGAUCCCAGGCCGCCCGUGCCCCGGCGGCCGCUUCCCGAGCCGCUGGGGGAUCCCAGGCCCGUGCCCCGGCGGCCCCUGCCCGAGCCGCCGGGGGAUCCCAGCCCUGCGUCCCGGCGGCCCCUGCCCGAGCCGCCGGGGGAUCCCAGCCCCGCGUCCUGGCUGCCGCUGCCGCCCGUGCAGCAUGAGGAGCCCGGCCACGUGCUCCAGCCGCUAAUGCCUGAGCCGCGGGGGGAUCCCUGCCCUAUGACCCAGCCGCCCGUGCGGCCUGACGCGCUCAUCUGCCCCAUCUGCCUGCCGCCUCGACGCUUCCAUCUCCUCGGAGGGGUCACCAGACAUCUGAGGAGAUACCACAACCAGUCCACCGCCUUCAGCUGCGCCCUUUGCAGCCUGCCCUUCGAGUCCCAGAAGAAAUGCAAGGCACAUCAGGCCAGCUGCAAGAAAGCCCGCACAACAACAGCUCCAGUUCCGGUCCCCCGCCAUCCUGUGUCCCAGCCCGCUGCUCCUGCGCUGCAAAGAGCCAGAGCGACCCUGCCAACCGCUGCCCAGAAACCCACUCCAGCCCCUGCGCUGGUGGACCAGGGCACUGCGGCCAAAACGACGACUACCACAGCGAGAAACGUCGACCGAGCCCCUACCAACUGGAGUCCCUUCACACCCACCCAAGUCUCCCGGAAGCUCUCUGAACUAAGGCGUCUCAGUGCCCCCUCCAACCAAUGCGACCCCGCCCCGAGAAGGGUCAGCGCUCCGCCAUGCGUGGCCGCCCGAGACCCUGCUGCUGGAGGCACCAAGGCUGGCUCUCGGUCUACCCUGCGAGCACCAGCCACAAGGGGUGCCAACGCAACUCCUCAGCCCGCCUUGCGAACCCCACCCGUCAGGGGAACGAGGAUCACCCCCCAGACCGCCCCGCACACUGCUACCAUCAGCGGAGCCAACGCCACGAACAGACCACAGCACCCGACCCCCGCUGUCAGACGGGUCGACACAGACCCAAAAGACACCAGGCCGAUUCCUGCCACCAGAAGGUCAUGCGCUCCUACAGCAACCCCGAGAUGA